CCACAAAGGUGGGAGGGCGAUAACCAAACGUAGAAAACGUGAGAAGUUACUACAAGUGGCCCUCCAGGCCACCGUGCUGUUCCGCUCCCAGAAGCCCCUUGGGGCGGAAGUCGUUUAAGAAAGGAGGUUCUCCCCCCUGCCCCCCCGCCCCCCCCCACGCUGCGCACCGGCAGGUUUGCUAUGGCGAUGAGCAGCGGCGGCAGUGGCGGCGGCGUCCCGGAGCAGGAGGAUUCCGUGCUGUUCCGGCGCGGCACCGGCCAGAGCGAUGAUUCUGACAUUUGGGAUGAUACAGCAUUGAUAAAAGCAUAUGAUAAAGCUGUGGCUUCAUUUAAGCAUGCUCUAAAGAAUGGUGACAUUUGUGAAACUUCAGGUAAACCAAAAAGCACACCUAAAAGAAAACCUGCGAAGAAGAAUAAAAGCCAAAAGAAGAAUACUGCAGUUCCUGUAAAACAGUGGAAAAUCGGGGACAAAUGUUCUGCCAUUUGGUCAGAAGACGGUGGCAUUUACCCAGCUACCAUUGUUUCAAUUGACUUUAAGAGAGAAACCUGUGUUGUGGUUUACACUGGAUAUGGAAACAGAGAGGAGCAAAAUCUGUCUGACCUACUUUCCCCAAUCCCCGAAGUAGCUAAUAAUAUAGAACAGAAUGCUCAAGAGAAUGAAAAUGAAAGUCAAGUUUCAACAGAUGAAAGUGAGAACUCCAGGUCUCCUGGAAAUAAAUCAGAUAACAUCAAGUCCAAAGCUACUCCAUGGAACUCUUUUUUCCCUCCACCACCCCCUAUGCCAGGGCCAAGACUGGGACCAGGAAAGCCAGGUCUAAAAUUCAAUGCCCCGCCACCGCCACCACCACCACCACCUCCCUUUCUACCACACUGCCUGCCUCCAUUUCCUUCUGGACCACCAAUAAUUCCCCCACCACCUCCCAUAUGUCCAGAUUCUUUUGAUGAUGCUGAUGCUUUGGGAAGUAUGUUAAUCUCGUGGUACAUGAGUGGUUAUCAUACUGGCUAUUAUAUGGAAAUGUGGCACAGACCAGCAGUAAAUGACAUGACUGAAGAAACGAUCAGACAGAUCUGGAAUGUGAAAUGUUACAGAAGAUAACCGGCCUCAUUUCUUCAAAAUAUCAGUGUUGGGAAAGAAAAAAGGAAGUGGAAAAUGGGUAACUCUUCUAGAGUAAAAGUUAUGUAAUAACCAAAUGCAACGUGAAAUUUUUUAUUGGACCCUAUUUUGAAAAACCAUUGUAAAAGACUGGGGUGGGGUGUGGGGGUGGGGGCAGCACACUGGUGAGGCAGUUGAGAAAAUUUGAGUAUGGACUAGAUUUCGAAUGAUAUUGGAUAAUUAUUGCUAAUUUUAUGAGCUGUGAGAAGGAUGUUGUAGUUUAUAAAAGAUUCUUAAUUUGCGUAGUUAAGCAUUUAGGAAUGAAGUGUUAGAUGUCUCGUAAAAUGGUUUAACAAAAUGUAUGUGAUGCAUAUGUGGCAAAAUGUUACCAAAUCCAACUGAUAUGUAUAUGGCUAUUCAUUGUACUAUUUUUUUUCUAUCUUCUGUAUGUUUAAAAGUAUAUAAUAAAAAUAUUAAUAUUUUUUUAAAAAUUA